AUGUACAAGAAUACCACAAAUUUUAAGAAUGGAGAAACUUUGGCUGCUCUCAGGGGUUACUUUGACGGUGGGAGAAGCGUCUCAGGAAGUGCCGUGGGCUACUGGCUGCAAGGCCUAAUUGUUGAUCCUACCACGCAGGCCUCGGAAUGGCGGACCCUACAAGAGACGGGCCUGCUGCUGGAGCAAGAUGCGACGGCAAUGGAGUCCGUCCGAGUUUAUAGCGGCAUUGCGGUUGUUCCAGACCGCCCGAGAGUUCACUGCGAAAAUGUUCGAGGCAGGAGACGGGAUUUUAACUUCGAGUUCAUGACUAUUGAGGUUCAUGGCUUUUAUGGAGGCGCGCCAUCUGCCGUUAUAUAUUCACAGCUACGCUGA